GGAGGCACAGAGCACAUGUGCGGAGCCUGUUAAAACCCCUCCUCUGGCUGAACCGGGGAACACGCUGCCUGGCGCUUCAGUUUACCGCCGUGUUUUAGCCUUCUGAGUUUUGUUUUUCCUGAGAGAAACGCGCGGCGAGUUGGGACAAUGUAUUACGUGAAGAAGAAGUCCCAGUACAGCCUCCUCAGCAGCAGCAUGGAUCAGAGCCUCGCGGGUCGAGCUGCCUCCACCAGCCCCUACAGCUCCGAGCACACGUCCAACGUGCCCACGCCCUCGCCCUACUCGCAGCCCAACUCCACCUUCGACGCCAUGUCGCCCGCGCCCGCCAUCCCCUCCAACACCGACUACCCCGGCCCCCACAACUUCGAGGUCACCUUCCAGCAGUCCAGCACCGCCAAGUCCGCCACCUGGACGUACUCCCCGCUGCUGAAGAAGCUGUACUGUCAGAUCGCCAAGACCUGCCCCAUCCAGAUCAAACUCUCCUCCACGCCUCCCCACGGGAGCGUGGUGCGCGCCAUGCCCGUCUACAAGAAGGCGGAGCACGUGACGGAGGUGGUGAAGCGCUGCCCCAACCACGAGCUGGGCCGCGACUUCAACGACGGUCAGGCAGCCCCGGCGAGUCACCUGAUCCGGGUGGAGGGGAACAACCUGUCGCAGUACGUGGACGACCCGGUCACCGGCCGGCAGAGUGUCAUGGUGCCCUACGAGUCUCCGCAGGUGGGGACAGAGUUCACCACAGUGCUGUACAACUUCAUGUGCAACAGCAGCUGCGUGGGCGGGAUGAACAGGAGACCCAUCCUCAUCAUCAUCACCUUGGAAACGCGAGACGGUCAGGUUCUGGGUCGGAGGUCGUUCGAGGGGCGCAUAUGCGCGUGUCCGGGCCGAGACAGGAAGGCGGACGAGGAUCACUUCCGGGAGCAGCAGGCCCUGAACGAGAACGUGGCCAAGAACGGCAACGCCAACAAGCGCACCUUCAAACAGACGCCUCCGCACAUUCCCGGCCCUGCCAUUAACAUCAAGAAGAGGAGGCACGGGGAGGAAGAGUUAUACUACAUACCCGUGCGCGGCAGGGAGAACUUCGACAUCCUGAUGAAGAUUAAGGACAGUCUGGAGCUGGUGGAGCUGGUGCCUCAGCAGCUGGUGGACUCCUACCGGCAGCAGCAGCAGCAGCUUCUGCAGAGACAAAGUCACCUGAGCUCCCAGUCGUCCUACGGCUCGCCACUGCCCAACAUGAACAAGAUGCACGGGGGCAUGAACAAGCUGCCCUCCGUCAACCAGCUGGUGGGGCAGCAGACCCAGCCCAGCCCCGGCCCCCCACCAGGCAUGGCACAUAUGGGCUCCAACAUGCUGAACAGCCACCACAUGCAGUCUAACGGAGACAUGAACGGAGCUCACUCUGGCCAGCCCAUGGUGCCCGCAUCCCACUGUACCCCUCCCCCUCCGUAUAACCCUGACCCCAGCCUAGUCAGUUUUUUAACCAGUCUCGGGUGCCAAAACUGCAUUGACUACUUCACAUCCCAGGGCCUACAGAGUGUGUACCACCUCCAGACCCUGUCCAUGGAGGACCUGGGCGCCCUGAAGAUCCCCGAGCAGUUCCGCCUGGCCAUCUGGAGGGGCCUGCAGGACAUGAAGCAGGGCCACGACUACAGCCAGCAGCUGAUUCGCUCCAGCAGCAACACGGCCACCAUGGCCAUCGGCACCUCGGGCGAGCUGCAGCGCCAGCGCGUGAUGGAGGCCGUGCACUUCCGCGUGCGGCACACCAUCACCAUCCCCAACCGCGCCGCGCCCGGCACCGGCGAGGACUGGGCCGACUUCGGCUUCGACAUGCCCGACUGCAAGACCCACAAGCAGAACAUCAAGGAGGAGUUCAUGGAGAGCGACGUCCACUAGGGCCCCCCCCGCCGGCUGCAGACCCGUCCCGUUCGCGCCGCUCUCUGGACUUUUUUUUUUUUCUUGCUGUUUUUUUACGCCGUUAUUUAAAGACUAAAAAAAAAAAAACGUACAUUCAGUGAUGAAUGAAGUGGAAGGGUUGUACUAUGGACGCCCUUUGCUUUAAAAGCAGAAACAGGAACAACGGUUAUAUUUAAUUUCCCAAUUUCUGGGGACUUUUUUUUAUUUUUAUCAAAGCACUUCCAUAUUUGAAAUGUCUUGAGUGCAGAUAUUAGUUUCACUUUGUGUGUAGAUUCUGUGAUGACUUUACU